AUGGCAAGGAAAGAAGCUGUAAGGCAAAGCAACCUGAGCGAGGAAAUUAUCCAUGAUUCCAGCGACGAGGAAGACCAAACAGUCCAACCCAGAACGAAAACGAAAACGAAAACAAAAAAAGCUUCUCAAACAAAACCAGCGUCACCAUCGACAACAACUACAUCCGACGAUGAAGAUCUCGAAGAGUCGUCUUCGUCCCAAUCAAGUGUCGAAGAAGAAGCCGACUCCGACUCCGAGGCGGCUAGCAGCUCAUCUUCUUCAUCAAGCAAGAAGCGGUCUUCCGACACUGUCUCUGAAACUCCAGUGAAGAAAGCCAGAAAAACGGCAGAAUCCUCAGAGGUUAGACUAGCGCCCAAGGCCUAUAAAGCGCCUAGUGGCUAUGAGGCCCUUGCACUAUCACCGUCAGACUACACAUCAGGCGCAGCGACUCUCUUCGACAACCUGGAGGGCAAGCAAAUUUGGCACAUUUCAGUACCCGACUCAAUAUCCAUCAAAUCCAUCAAGAGUUUCGACAUGCAGACUGCCAUGAGAGGUGAAAGCAUUCUCAGCAAAGACGGCGUCAAUUACAAUCUGCACGACAUGCCAUUCACUAGGGGCAGCGAGACCAUCCUGAUGCCCCAAGGAACGAAGCCCACGUACAGGCAUAGCGCAACAAUCCAGAAAAAUUUCCAGCUGAGGGAAAUGGGCGACAAAGUCAACACUAGCGAUAAGAAAGGUCAAACGAAAGCAUCCUCGUCGGGAUCCUCGUCCACUGAUGGAGAGACAGCGGAGAACGAGCAGGAGCUUCCGCCUACGUCACUAGUAUUCACGGCCACAAAAACAGGGAAAGCGAAAGAAAUCCGACAACAGCCUGAGGGUCUAAAGAUGCGAUACUUUCCCUAUGGGUCCACAGCAACAAGCGAAGUAUCAGAAGACGUCGAGAUGGCUGAUGCUUUCCAAGUUCCCGACGAGAUACCAGAACCUUCUCAGAAGAAAAAGUCGAAGAAAUCCAGGGCUGACUCUCAAGGGUCGGUAGACGGCGAGAAGACAAAUCCAGAGAAGAAGAAGAAAAAGAAGCGCAGAUUAGUGGAUGCGGAUGUCUUGUGA